AUGCCGCGGGCCUGUUGCGUACUCUACUUAACCUGUCCCCCCGAGGUCUCGCUUGCACGCGUGCUUGGACGGGCCUCGGCAUCAGGGCGGCCGGACGACGCAAAUGAGGUGAGAGCGCGGGAGAGAAUUACGCGUUCCAUCGAGGAGAGCGAAGCAAUGCUCGUCGCCCUUGAAGAGUCGGGCAUGCAGAUAACCAGAGUGGAUGCUAAUAGGGACUUCGAGAUUGUACGGGAGGAAGUUCUUCAGGAAGUUCGGAACUUCUUGUAUGACUAA